GUUGCCCGUCGUAGGGAGAGGAAUCCAAGCGAAGUCCUCGAGCGUGAGCGGGUCCAAAGCCUCCUCGUUGAACAUGCUUGCCGAAUCCCUUGAUGAAGACGAACUAGCGGAAGAAUCUUCGGACGGUGAGAAAGUCGCACAUGUAUCUUGUCCUUGAGAAGCAUCUAGUGAAGGAACGAGACGGGCAGCGAAGUCUUCGAACGAAAGUGGAAGACUCCCGACAUCCGCAUAUGCCUCGGAAGAAAGGGCGGUCGUGCGCACAACCGCUUCCGAUGGCGUCGAGGGAGGUGUCGAGUCACCCUCGGUGGCGCCUACUUUCUCGGACGGGGUUUCCCCUUGGUGGGGCAAUGUGCAGCAUCGUGGAUGGUGYUGUUGCACCAAAGGCAAUAACGGUACUUGAGUUGCGUGCGAUAGGAAUUCGUCGAGAGUCCGUAUUGCGCCCAAGUCUGCUCUGGUACACAAUCGCAUCUGCAUGCUCUGCUUUGCAGCUGGCAGUGACGGACUACUUGUGCCUCCAGUGGAGGCAAAGGCUUACACAAGCAGCACAUGAGGGCUAUUUUCAAGGCCAAAAUAUCUUACUCCUAGCUUGUCAGCAGCGCUGUCGGGUCUCAUCAUUCCAACUUGAUGUUACAGAUAACCAAGACCCAACCUCGGCAGCUCCAUUGAAACUCGCACCGCUUUCGGAUGUUUUUGAGAGCAGUGGGGCAAAGAGCAAGACAACAGAAAAGCAGAGUGUCGCUGGCAACGAUGCCCGCCCUGAUCACCUGCCGCGAUCUGAUCUGCUAUCUUCUUCCUCUGGUUUCCCCGACUUUGAUCGGAUGUCACCAUCCGAUCUAUCAUCAUCUGCUGGUCUGGUUCACGGACUGCAAGGAAUGGUCGGGCAGAAGGAACAAAUCGGGUUCCGAGCGGGGACUGCUGGUAGUUAUGGUGAUGGUGAUGCUGUCCAGGUUGUUGUGAUGAAAUGCGAUCGCGCGGCUGAUGUCGAGGCAAGGGGUAAAGCACGAGGCAUGUUGGUCCAGCGUGAUGUGGAUAAUCCAGACCAGAGGAUGACAGAUGAGAUACGGAGUCUUUGUACCAGCCUUGGUGUGUUCAUGACCAACACAUUUACAGCACCGUUGACCGUUGUUUAUUACUCGUAUGUGGUUUGGCGAUAUGUUGGCUGGGUUGGGCCAUUUGGCGUGUACGCCUUCUUCUUCCUCGGGUCGAUGGUGACACGCAAAAUCAUCACUCCAAUUGCAGCCCUCGUGGCUCGACAAGAGAAGCUGGAGGGCAAUUUUCGCGUCGGGCAUGUUAG